AUGAAAAACGAGUCUAUCUUCCCGCCAAAGUGCUGCAGCCAGGUGAUUCCCGUGGAUACCACAAACGCUUUCAUCACUGAGGAAUUGUUGGCCGAGUACGACAACAAACGAGAAGAGUUUGCAACAGAAAAGCGCACAUACUGCAGCGAUCGGGCAUGCUCUGCAUUCAUACCUACUCGGUCCAUCGACGAUGGUAUUGGCAGCUGCACUCGCUGUGAGAAGAAGACGUGUCUCAAUUGUUUGAGCGAGGCACACGAGGGUACAUGUACCGACGACCCUGAGUCACAACGUGUUAUUCGUUUGGCCGAGGAAAAGGGAUGGCGACGUUGCGAACAAUGCAAGAACAUGGUUGAGCUCGACCACGGUUGCUUUCACAUUUCUACCAAUUCUGCUAUCGCUGCGGCAUGCGGUGGAAAACCUGUGCCUGCCCUCAGUGGGACGAGGAACAACUCAUGGCGCGGCGAGCAGCAGCAAAUGCCGCUGCACCAGCACCGGCAGCAGCUCCAGCACCGGCGGCAGCGCAACACUGGUAUGAUCUAUGCCGUCACCAAGACUACGUUCGAUUUGACCGUGAGCGCCGUUCAGAGCGAUGCGACGAUUGUGAGGAAGUGA